AUGAGGCUCUCUACAGCGGCAUCUACGAUCUUGGGCAUGGCAUCCUUGGCGGUUGGCAAGUCAGUUGCCCGUCGGGACGGCCACCUUCGGGGAGGGGCAUCGGCCGAUGUUGUGAAGACCCAGGUCACCAGCAUCAUUGCGACAGAUGCUCACCUUGCCGAGCUUGCUCGCUUGAUUGGUCUCAAUCGCGGUGCCGGCACAUCCAUCAACUUCUUAUGGGUGAACUUGGGUGGCGGAGCUGCUACCACAGUCAUUAACACCGCUUCGACUGUCACAGUAACCCAGACCGUCGCGGCGACCGCCCCUCCUGCCGUCGUCACUGGCGUCGAUGGCGCCACAACAACGAUCGCUGAUACCCCAACCACCACAGUGGUCGGCACAGGUGCCACUCACAGUGUCACUGUUGGUGGUCCUGCCGGUCUUAUUUUCAACCCUCCUCAGAUUCAAGCUUCCAUAGGUGACACCGUCAUCUUCACCUUCCUCAGCCAGAACCACACUGCCACACAGUCCUCUUUCGAGACUCCCUGCCAGCCUCUUGAGGGCGGCAUGGAUUCAGGAUACCAGGCCAACCCCAACAACACGGUCAACCCGCCCCCGCAAGUUGCGAUGCAGGUUAUGGUUGACACUCCGCUCUGGUUCUACUGCCGCCAAGGCAACCACUGCGGUCGCGGCAUGGUCUUCAGCAUCAACCCGACGGCAGACAAGACCCACGCACAGUUCCAGGCCCUUGCCAUCCAGCAGAACGGCAAUGGCGCUGGUUCUGCUAUCACCGGCAAUCCUCCGCCCGCCGCUGCGGACCCGAACCCUCCGGCUCCUCCUGCUGCUUCUGACUCGACGACCUCGCUGGCUCCCUUGCCGACAACCAUCGACGCCGGUGCUGGUGGCGCCGUCAGCCCACCGCCCGCGGCUAGCACAGACAUCGUCACCGGCAUUGGGCAGAUCGGAGAGAAUGGCGCCUGCGUAUGCGCUGUGCAGUGCAGCUUCCCUGGCUUCCCUGCUGCUGUGCAAGGGAGGGAUAGCUUUGGCGGUUUCGGUGGUUCUGUCCCGAUGAAUAUGAUCCAGCCUCUGCGCUUCAGGGCUUAG